AUGUUCAGUACCAGCAGAAACCAUCGUCCAUCCGACAGCUUCUCAUCUCGCUAUGGCGCUGGCAAGUCCAGAAAACCGCCAUCUUCAUAUCGAGAGCACUCUAUCUCUCGUGGCCUGCGUCGAUCUGACUCUGCCGAGUCAACCAGACGAGGAGAUCAUUCAACCACAGGUCCUCCUGUGAGCGACUCCCUCACCUCUCCCAUUGUCACCAUCUGCGUUGGUCACGAGCAACGACUCUUUGCCGGCCAUCAAGAUAUCAUAACUCGAUCCCCAUUCUUUGAAGCUGCAUGCCGAGAGCAGUUCUUCCAGGGCAACACACGAAGAAUCACCCUACCCGACGAACAUCCAGAAGUUCUCUCUGCGGUUCUCGAGUAUCUAUACAAGGGAGACUAUUAUCCCAAGCUGCUUCACAAUAAAAGGAGGGACAUCUGGGAGAUUGAAGACGAAGGGAAAGAUCCAAAAAGUACCAUCUACCACCAUGCCACUAAACAGACUGUCUUGAAGGAUACCUUCAUCUACUGCUCCGCCCAACGCUACGGCCUCGAAGAACUCCAACGUCUAGCCCUCCGCAAACAAGGCUUGCGACACGGCAUGCAGAUCUCAACCAUUCUUGCUUCUGCUCGCUGGGCAUAUCAGAAUACCCCGGACACGGAUUCCAAACUUCGAGCCCAAUAUCUCACCCUCAUAAUCCGUUCUCGCAACAAUUUUAAGAAGAGCGGGACCAUGAAACUCGAAAUGGAGCAAGGAGGAACUAUGUUCUUUGACCUGUUUGUGGCCAUGUGCAACCAUAUUGACGAUCUACGAACUGUUCGAUCACCAUUCACCUCACCAUUCACCCGCUAG